AAAAAUAAAAAGACAGCACACGAUUGUUUAUUAAAAUUAUUUUGAUUUGAUUUUUUAGAAAUAUUUUAUUUUAUUAUCAAUAAGAAAAAUGGGACGUCGUUCAAUAAAUACCACUAAGAGUGGUAAAUAUAUGAAUCCAACGGAUCAAGCUCGGAAGGAGGCCCGAAAAAAGGAACUCAAAAAAAAUAAAAGGCAACGACAAAUGGUUCGUGCCGCAGUUUUGAAAGGAAAAGAUCCUGCACAAAUAUUAGAAGAAAUGGAAAAAAUAGAUGAAAUGGAAUACAAUGUUUAUCAACCAUCUCCUCUUAAUGAAAAAGUUCUUCGAGAAAAAAGAAAAAAACUUAAAGAAACGUUUGAUAGGGUGAUGAGACUUUAUCAUAAUGAUGAUCCAGAACUUUGGGCCGAUUUAAAAAGAAAAGAAGUGGAGUACGAAAAAAAACGUUUGAAAAAACAACAAUAUUUUGAAAGUGUCAAAAGUGCACAAAGUGUCCAAAUUGAUGAGAUUCCCUUACCACAAAUGACAACACCUGGACAACAGCCUGGAGCAACCCCUUUGCCAAGAGUGCCACCACCAAAUGUCUUGAAUUUUCCUCCUUUAAUGCCUCCAGCACCACCAGGAGCAACAGUAAAGCGUUCUGAUCCAACUAGUCACACAACACAUUCUCAGAAAAUUGAAAAAAGAAAAAAGGAGGCACCUGGUUGUCCACCUGGACCACCACCUAAUUUAAUAACAAUGAGAGAACUAGAUUCCGAUGCUGAAGAAGAGGAAAUACCUCUACCAAUUUCAGUAAAUAAGAAAAAUGCAAAAAGUGAUGAAAACAUUGAUAUUUCAAAUACAGAAGGACGGAAAAAUUCUUUUUCAAGCAAAAAUAUUGACGAAUUCAUGAAAGAAAUUGAAGAUGUUCAUCGCCAACGCGAAAACGAAUUAGAUGAAAGUGAUAGUGAUAAGUCCAGCGAUGAAGGUGAUGAUGAUGAGAAAAAGUUUAAUGACGAAAAUAAAAAUUCAGGCACUGAUGAAUCAAAUAGUGAAGAAUCUGGUGAUGAGGAAGAAGACAAUGUUAUUCCUGAAAAAGGUUUAUCAAUACCUUUGCCCCCCAUUCCUCCACCCCCACCAGCAAUGGGCACUUUACCAGGUGGUCCACCACCUCCUCCAAUUGGAAUGCCACCAUCAAUGAUGCAAUUUAGACCUCCUCCAAUGAGGCCGGGCGUACCACCUAAUAUUUCUGGAGUUAGAAUGCAAGGUCCACCUGUACGGCCAGGUAUGGGUAUGCCACAACGAUUAGGUAUAAGAAUGCCACCUGGGCCACCACCAGGAAUGCCACCUAAUCGUAUGAUGCACCAUCAUCAAAAAGGUCAUCACAAUGCACAACAGCAACAACAACAACUACAACAGAAGCCUGAUUCUAAAGGUGUUACAACAAUUACUGCGAAACCGCAAAUAAGAAAUCUAAGUGCUGAUGUAACACGUUUCGUGCCAUCAGCAUUACGUGUUAAAAGAGAUGAUCAAAAAUUACAAAAAAGACCAAAACCUUAUCCACAAGAGAUUAAACAGAACGAAGCUAAAACUGGAGCGACGAAGGAUGAUGCUUAUAUGCAAUUUAUGCAAGAAAUGCAAGGUCUUCUAUAAAUUCAAUGAAAGCAUUAAAUUAAGAUAUUUUAUGUAUGUAAAUUAAAAGCUAGGUUAUUAGAUAAAAAGGAAAGUAACGAAAAAUUGAGUAAACUAAUGUUU